UGACUUCCUGCAGACUUACCCUUCCUCUACGCCGGUGGAAAAUUGCUUCCCGGUCCUCGUGUGUAUUUCGUAAUAGUUUUCUACUUUGCUACGAAAAUUGUGAGAAGACAGUAUUUCCUGUGUUUUUUUAUACAGAUAAAGAAACUUGUUUUGGACAGCUGGUAGAAACUGGACCGAGUUAGCUUCAAGAGUCGAGCAAAGAAAAUGCCACAUGAACAUACAAGCAGUUUUCAAACUGAAAAAAGUCCCAAGCAUUUCAACUUUGAUUAUCGAGAAUUUAAAGCCUCAUUGACUGCCUCGGGAAAGAGAGAAAGCAAAGUAUCCUCGAUAGCUAAAGAACUAAGUCACGGGAGAACUCAUAUUGUUCCCGAAAAGAAGAAAAGAGACAAACACAAUAGUUUGGAUUGUGAGAGAGGUCGUCAUCAAACUAAGCAGAACAAGGACAAACGUCAAAAUUCGGUCUCCUCAACUGCCCAGAAUGGGUCCAAGAGUAAAAGGAAACGUAAACACAGUGAGUUGGACCCUGUAAAAUACACAGCAGAAGAAGAUGCCAAAGAGAAUAAGCGAAAACACAAAAAAUCACAGAAAACCUCAAAAAGGGUUGUUACUAUGGAAAAUUUGGUUGAAAACAAGGACUAUGCUAAUAGAAAGUCGCCUGCUAAUAAAAAGUCACACAAACCAUCUGCAGAGUCUGUUAAAGGGAAAAGUUACAAUGAUGAGAGUUCUAAAGCCAAAAAGCUAAUCAAGGGCAGAAAAAAACAGCUUAAAGAACAGAAGAGAGAAAGUAAGGGUGCCAAGAAAACUGAUGGCAAAGAAAAAGCAAGGGAGCCGAAAACUGAAAGUCCUGUAAAGGCUGUCUUAGAUAAGAAGCCAAAAGCCCCAAGAAUGUCGCAAAAUAUAAGCACCGAACAAGAUGAUAUGAUUCAUACAAAUUGGAAACUCAGCAGAGAUGACAUAAUGUCUCUAAAAAGCAAGGGGAUUUUUAUCAAAAAGGGAAAGUGGUCACCAUCUGAGGAUAGACUCCUAAGACAAAACAUGGAAGAUUACUUACAACAGCAUCGUAUCAGUGAUCCAUCAGUGUUGCUUUUUGCGCACAAAGAAGCAGAUAAAGAAGAGGGUCGAAGGUGGAAGCAGUUUGCCUCUAAUACUGGGUUUUAUAAGCAGCUUGCUAAAGGCUUAUGCAGGGAAGUGUUCCUUGUAUACAGGAGAGCUCGUAGAAUAUAUGAUCAGGAUAAUUACAAAGGUCAAUUCUCGGAGGAAGAAAUAAAAGAAUUGAUAAGACUUCAUGGAAUAUACGGUAAUGAUUGGCGGAAAAUAGGAGAUAUUAUGGGGAGGAGUGCGCAAUCUGUUGACCACAGAUUCCAACUUUUGGAAGGGAACAAGGGGAACUGGACUGAUGAGGAAGUGGAUUGCUUAAUAGAGGGAGUGCGUGCUGUUUCUGGUACAGUUCAAGGAGAGCCAUGCUAUAACCAGAUUUACUGGAAUGCUGUUGCAUCGUAUGUGAAGACCAGGAACCCAACUCAAUGUCGAGCCAAGUGGCUCAAUGGCACACUUUGGAAGGAUGCUUCUUCCAAACCUUUAAAAUGGACUGAGAAGGAUGAUUAUGAGCUCAUCAGCAAAGUUUAUUACAGCUCUGUUACGACAGAGUGCGACAUUGAUUGGCACGCCAUCGCAGAGGACUUCCAGCAUGCCCGGUCACCUGCGUUCCUUCAACACAGAUGGUGGUUAGUUAAGAUGAGAUAUUGUGGAAAGGACAUCAUCAAAGAUAGGGACUUUGAAGAGCUAUUAGAUUUCUUGUAUAAUGUCAAAGGUGAAAGUCUUAGGGUCAAGCAUUUUAAGGUUUGUGAGAAAGCUACCAAUUCAUUGUAAGGUUAUAUUAUCUUAUGGUUAUAUUCAAGUGGGAAAGUCUUAGUCUUCAUUGGUGAACUUAAGAGUCCACAACUCACUGUUUCACAAUUCAGUUAAAACAGCUCUGGACAAAAAAUGCAGAGUUUUUUUAGUACAUCUUUUUAAUGCCUUAUGUGCUGUAUUGUUCAAUAUUUUUCAGGACCUGGCUUUCUAGCCAAGGGUUAACUGGCUCAAAACUUUAUCUUAUAAUUUUUGCCUUGCUUAUGUUUUGGCAUUUCACUACCUUGUAAGGGUCAUACAAUGAUUAGCAGAUUGCUGUAUAAACAGGGCCAGUUGGUAGCUAACAUUAUUGUCUGUUAAUGCGUUUUUGAGUAUUGAGAACUAAGGUUUUAAUCACUUCUUGCAGUAGUGUAGUUGUACACAUAAUGUACAUUUUGAUUGGUCAAUGCAUUUUUGUGCAAUGGCAUGAUUAUUAUCAUUAUUUAUAUUAUUAUUACCAAUUUUUAUCAAGGAUGGCCCCUUCAGCAUUGCCGAUAUCAGUGGGGAUCCUGGACGUUAAAUGUUAAUUACAAUUCCAUUGAAAAAAUGUAACAAAUAGAAAAUAAAAAUGAUAACAACUAAAA